AUGGCGAAUAUCGAGCCAUACCCUCAUAUCGAUCCUCAACUGCGAGCCUCUUCAUUGAGUAGUCCUCCAAAGGCCCGGGAUUCCCAGCAUUUCCCAAACGGCGCCACUGCUGCCUAUUCCCCUUUACAACCGUCGCCGAAUCCGUCCUACCAGAGCAUCCAAACACCAAACUACUACCCUCCCAAUCCCCAUGCACAGGAGAGUCCUGAGGACGGCAGCCCUUCUGGCAACCCCAACGAUCCAAAUGAUCUCAAGAGACCACGGGCCUGCGAGGCUUGCAGACAGCUAAAAGUGAAAUGCGAGCCGGACGACAAUCACCCGACAGGUUCAUGCAAAAGAUGCGCCAAGGCGAACCGACAAUGCAUUGUUACUGCCCCAAGUAGGAAGAGACAGAAAAAAACAGAUAGUCGUGUCGCGGAACUGGAAAGGAAAAUCGAUGCCCUUACUGCCACGCUAGCUGCCAGAGGUGGAAGCGAAGGAGAAGUCGCGGUAGACCCGAGUCAGACUCAGCCAGCAAGACCUCCCGCAUACGGAGAACAAUGGCAUGGUCCUCCUCCACCGGUCACAAGUUUGUCACCACAGCAGAGUCAACAAGGCGUAAAACGAAAGGUCGCCGACUAUGACUACUUUGGAAGUGAACUGCAUAAGUCAGUCUCGCCCUCCUUCAAGUCAAACGGCCCAGGCUCUCAUUAUCACCCCAUCAUGCCCGAACAUAUCAGGCCCAGAGUCGACCCCGAUGAAUUGGCCCCAGUCGACCCGGUCGAGCGGGGAAUCCUCGAUGGGAGUACAGCCAGGAAGUGCUUUGAUAGAUAUAUGGCAGAGAUGUGCGAGCAUCUCCCGCUGGUGGUAUUUCCUCCUGGCACUAAUGCCGACGACGUACGCAAGAACAAGCCCGUUCUCUUCUUAGCGGUGCUUGCGGUGGCUUCCAGCACCAUUCGACCAGAUGUACAACAGAAGCUGAUCAUCGAACUAAGCAGAACUCUUGCAGACCGAGUCAUUUUUCGAGGGGAGAAAUCUCUCGAACUGGUGCAGGCUGUUCAAGUGACAACAUGCUUCUAUCAGCCGCCGGAAAAGUACGAAGAGUUGAAUUUCAAUCAACUCAUCCAUAUUGCUGCCGUGAUGGCCAUGGACCUUGGCAUGGGCAAACGCGCGAAACGCGGUGGCCCAAAUAUGUGGCGGCCUUAUAACGAAAACAAGCGCCCGCUGGCCGAUCCGAACAGUGCUGAAACCCGACGGUGCUGGUUGGGCUGCUAUUACAUGUGUUCCAAUUCUUCCAUGUCGCUGCGACGACCAUUGCUGGUGCGGUGGAGUGCCUAUCUUGACGAAUGUAUUGAAAUUCUCAAUACGGCGUCUGACGCUCUACCGUCUGACAAGGCACUAUGCCAUCUAGUUCACGCACAGCACCUGGCUGAGGACAUUGGGAGGGAGUUUUCUAUGGACGACCCACUAUCCCAGUUGACCUUGACUGAUCAAAAAACUCAGUACCACCUCAAAAACUUCGAGCGGCGGCUGCAAGAGUGGCAUGCUGCUGCUAACCCUGAAAUGUUGAAGAAGCCAGUCAUACAGCACAGCGAGGGAAUCAUCAACCUCUACAUGCAUGAAAUUGCCAUGCAUCACAACCAUAACAUCGAUGACUUCAGGCCGCCUUUCAACGCUACUCCAAUUGAAGGACCUCCUGACCCUGAUAACGUUACACCGGCCCAUAUCGAGGCUCUGACAACAUGCAUCCAUUCUGCGCACGCUGCCUUUGAAGCCUUUUUGAGCAUGGACGUCAAGAUGCUUCGAGCACUUCCCACUCUAUUUUUCGUUCGAUCAUCCUAUGCGGCAGUCGCCCUGAUCAAACUAUACUCGGCCGUUUCAGCCAAAGGCUCCAAAUUUGCGCUCAUCUUCAAGACCAAGGAUUUGAACGUCGAAUACUAUCUUGAUCGAAUGAUUGACACGCUUACCAAGACGUCCGAGGGCGGGAUGAGCAGAGUAGCCCAUAAGUUCAGCCUCAUCUUCAAUAUGCUCAAGAGCUGGCAUAUGAAGCGUAUGGAGCCGACCAACAACGGGAGCAACCGCGUAUCACGGCAGCACACUCCUGCAGGCAGAUCCAACAGCCAGUCCCUGUACAAAGCCGUGCCACAGCAGCAAGACCCGGCGACUCUUGGCUGGAAUUCUCAGAAUCGGGCAUCAAUCGAUCAGAAUGCACAGGCUCAUCAACAACCACGAAACGGCCUUCAGAUGCUCUCGGAGGCAGCAAUGGCGCCAGGACCUGCCCCUCCUCCAGUCAUUGCGCCGCCACAGCCAUGGAUACCGCCGAUGAAUCAGCCACAAAUGCUGCCCGGUGUGACUGAGAUGGGCAUGCACAACCAGGGCAUGAUGCCGUAUGGCAUCCCUCAAGAGCUGGGGCCCAUGGAUUUCACCAACGAUGAACUCAUGGCGUUUGGGUUUGGGGAUGAGUUUCUUGCCAUGAACUUUGGGUUUGAGCAGGGAAAUUGGAUAUGA